AUGUCGAUGGUUAAAGAAGGAUGUGCGAUGUCGUUUCAAGUUUCGGUUUUGACUCCAACGAAUUAUCCGGUGCGGGGAAUUAAAGUCAAGUUGAUUAUGAAUGCACACAACAUAUGCGAAAAUAUUGAAUCGAGGGCGUUCGAUGGAAGAAUCUCGCGGAAUAUGAUUGAUCGGCAAAGUUAUGGUUGUCAAUACAAGAAGGUAAUGGACAAACAACACGGUGUGAACAUUAUGGCGUUGGAUUUCAAAUCGGGUGGCUUUGGAUAUGGGCGAGGAAAGAUCGUGAAUCCGGAAAAAGUCAAGAUGGUAAUGAACGUGUCCAACGGGAUGUCAAGUUACAUGUUAAAGGUGCUGUGA